AUGGUCACCAGUAUUGAGGUUUCAGGGCUCGCUCUCCCGAUUCUUCCGCUCUUCGUGAACCAGAUCGAUGCCUACGUCCGCGGCAUGGAGAAGAUCAAGGGUCUGUGGCGGUACCGACAGGAGUUUAAAGGCUAUUCAGUAGGACUUCGCACACAGCAUGCUAUUCUACUAAACACGCUAGAAAAAGCCUUGGAAGGUGUCGUGGAUGAUGAGGAUCAAGUUUCUGAGCUCAUCUGCGAUCCACAGGGUGAUGGAUGGAAGGAUCCGGACUUGCCAAAGCGACGCGCUGGAAGUUGGACCGAAAUUACGAAGUAUUCAUGGGAAACAUGGCUGGCCUCUCUGAGUUGCUGGAACAACUAUCGCAUAAGCUAG